AUGGCACCACCACGGAUUUUGUUCAAACUUGAUCGGGAAUUUAUUCCCUGCGGGGUCUUCAAAAAUGGUUGCCCUCCAGGCACAGAAUGCUAUGGGAGCUACAUGUAUGUUGAAUUUAACUUUUUUUAUUAUUUUACUGUGGUUUUAUUCGUGACUUAUUUCUGACAUGAGUGUGUUCAGGCAAAAAGACUAUCCUUUUACCUGCGCUACGGAGUCGAUGGCUACAAUGGACGGAUGGAUGGGUCAUAUCGAGGAGAACCCGUUUUUAUCCAAGCCAUGUUGGUUCUACAUUCUGAUAAGCCUAAUCCUCGCUCUAUUUAUUGUCGCUGUCAUCGCCAUAUGUUGGUCGCGUAAGAAGAAAGAGGAGGAAGUCGAGGAAAUUGUCCAUUAUAACCAGCUGCUCAGAGUACAUGAUGAAUAA